CACACACACACACACACACACAGUCCCAAACUCUCCUGCAGAUUAGUUUAUCUGUGUCUUUGACACGAACAGACAUAGAAAAUAAAGGGAACAGUCAACCGUUUGGGAUCUUUGGAUUAUGGGUCGAAGAGGCUGGAGUUUGUGGACUCAAACAUCUGUUCUUCUGUGUUUCUGUCUGUUGCAGGCGCAGACUUUUACCCUCAUGAAAACCAACCUCUGUAAGUGGUGUGACCACUCGAGUCCUGUAUGUGAAGACAACGUCUGCAUGAGCAACUGCAGUCUGACCUCUUACUGUACUCUGGCUGAAGAAGUGUGUGUAGCAAUAUGGAAGAAGGACAAUGUGAGUGUGAACGUGCAGACGCUGUGUUAUAACCCACAGAAUAUGUUGGAGAACAUAUUGCUGGCCAACUACUCCUCUAAAGAGUGUUUGAUGACACCUCAACCCUCUGAGGAUGGUCUGCUCUUCAUCUGCGGCUGUAUUGGAGAUCAUGAGUGCAAUGACAAACUCAUCUUUGACAAAGGAGCCAAUGGAUUCUCAAGACUGAAGUCAAAAGAUGUCAUUCCAGUGGUUGUCAUAAGCCUGGUUCCACCACUCCUGGUGGCUGUCAUUGCUACAAUGGCCUUUUACCUGUACCGUAUACGUCAGCCUGGCAAACAACCCAAAGACUGGGCACCAAGGCGCACCCAUUAUCAGUCUCUAGAUCCAGCAGAGGGUUGUGCUGGCCAAGCAAAUGGAAGCGAUUACCAUGGCAAGCUGCCAUCCCUCAGCGAUGACGCCAGUUCAAAAAUAUCAUCAACUUGUGCCAAUAACCUCAACCACAACACAGAGCAGUUACCCAUCCAGUUGGAGGCGCUGGUGGGUAAGGGGCGCUUUGCUGAGGUGUGGCGGGCACGGCUUAGCCAUAAUGAUGGUGGGCAGUAUGAAACAGUAGCUGUGAAGAUCUUCCCCGCAGUGGAGUAUACCUCAUGGCGGAAUGAAAGAGCAAUAUUCUCUGACGCCAAUUUAAAACACGAGAAUGUGGUGCAGUUAUUGACAGCUGAGGAGCGAGGUGGUACUGCUGGCACCCCCCAGAGGCAAUACUGGCUCAUUAUGGCCUAUUAUAGUCUGGGGAACCUCCAGGAGUUUUUGGCUAGUCAUAUCCUCACAUGGAUUGAGCUGUGCUCACUAGCAGGCUCUGUGGCAAGAGGCCUGGCACACCUGCACAGCGACACCACGCCCUGUGGCAUGCCAAAGGUGCCCAUCGCCCAUAGAGAUCUGAAGAGCAGCAACAUUGUGUUGAAGAGCCCUAGUGAGUGCGUGCUCUGUGAUUUCGGACUGGCUCUGCGGCUCGACCUCUCCCUCACUGUAGAUGAUUUUGCCAACAGUGGGCAGGUGGGGACAGCACGCUACAUGGCCCCUGAAGUUCUUGAGUCCAGAGUGAAUCUAGAAGACUUGGAGUCCUUUAAACAGAUGGAUGUCUACUCCAUGGCCCUUGUGCUGUGGGAAAUGGUCUCUAGGUGUGAUGUUAUAGGAGAUGUAAAGAGUUAUGAGCCCCCGUUUGGCUCCAAGGUGUGUGAGCAGCCAUGUGUAGACAGUAUGAGAGACCUGGUGUUAAGAGACAGAGGAAGACCAGACAUCCCAGUGAGCUGGACAACACAUCCAGGCAUGCAGCUGUUGUGUGCGACUAUAACGGAGUGCUGGGAUCAUGACCCGGAGGCUCGUUUGACGGCACAUUGUGUGGUAGAACGCUUUAAUACUCUGGCACAGGAAGAGCUGGAGAACUCUAUCUCCACCCACACACCCAUACUGCCAUCCACUGAGCAGCAAACUACAUCCCUCCUCCCCACUCCUCUGCCCUGCAUUGACCACAGCACUGGCAUCCAUAACCCCAUUUCAGCUGAUACGUAGAUCACUGCUUCCUCCAGGCAACAGUCAAAUGUGACCUGCCUGAAAAAUCAGACUUUAUUUUGUAAUACAUAUUGGUUUAUUAUGUGGAGCUGGUCUCCGUUUUUCCUUAAAUGCUUUACAGGUCUACAAAACAGUGUUUCUGUGCCAAUAUAUCCUCGUUUUCUUGUAUGACAUUGUGGAGGAUGCUGUCAGGGGUGGAAAAUUUCUCUGUAAGACUGCAUUGUUCCCGUAAUGCAACAAAAGUUGUAGUAAGUGUAGGGAUUGUAGGAGGAGGGGAGACACUGAGGGUAUUUGGUAGAAGGCUCUUACUGUGCAAAUUGUGCCAUUUUUACGAACUAAAAAUGUUUUUCAAAAAAAUUUUACCACACUAUUUUCUCAUUUGAAAUGUUCCAUUCCUCUUUCUGAGUCACUCAUUUUUAACAUCCACAUGUGAUCCUCCCAUAAUCUCGGCUUUGCUGUGCCUUCAAUUUGAUUAACCACAGACCUGCAGCUGAAAUUGCGAGUCAAAAGGACAAAGCAGUGACCGGAAAUAACUGCUGUUUUUGGAAGUAAAAAAGGCCAGUUUCAAUGUACUGCUCAUACAGUUUUAGAAACUUCAAUAAGUCUGAUAUUAUUGUUCCCUUUGCUUAGAAUGAGUUCAUUUGCACUGACCCUUUUUAACCAUUGACCAGAUUACUUAAAUGGCAACCAGAUCAAGUAUUCAUCAACAAUGAAGUCUGGUCAAAAUGACUCUUCACAUACGUUGUAGAACAUCCUGUUAAUUCCAGACUUUGAUCAUAAUCAGUUAACCUACCCAAAUUAAAAGUAAAAAAGGAACCUUUAAAAGACUCACUUCUAAUGGAUAAGAUUCAAUAAGCCAAUGAUUUGUUCAUUACUUUAGCGAGCUCGGGUCACAGACAAAAACUAAUUGAGAAAAGCAUGACCCCCCCAAAAGAAAGUUGUUUACAGCAUCCAAACUAUCCAAACACAGGACUUCCAUAGACUUACAUUAGAAGUUUGUCUGAUAAUUUGACGAUAAGUUGACGCCAACAAUAGCAAGGGUAUGAUUGGCUAGUAACAAUUUUUAAGGCAGCGUUUAGCAAAAAGUAAAAGUCUUGUCACUAAACUGCUCAAAAUUACACUGCAGCUAAACAUUUUUUAGCGAUCUGAGGUUCACCCAAAUUCUUCAGAGCUAGUUUGAGGGACAUGGAAAAUUCAUACCAGAUUGCGCACUGGAAAAAGAACUGAUGGAGAUCUGUGCAAAUGUCAACAUGAAAAUAUGGCAACCUGUUAUGUUUUUCCAGUACUGAGGAUGGAGCAAACAAAGUGUGUUGAGUCAUUUUGCUCAUUCCUGUUGUGAACUGGUUUUGCAAAUGUACAAUAAUAAGUACAUAUAAAAUUGAUGCAUAUUGUAACAUAUCAACAUCAAGAUUUUAGGUUGAAAUUGAUAUGGAUAUUAAAGUAAAUAUUUAUUUUUCUCCAUUUUCAUCACCUUUUUGCAAAAGCUGCACACAUGACAUGUCAACUUCCCAACGUACAGUCCAAAAGUCUAGGCCAUAUUGAAAAUCUUGGAUUGCAAAUAUAAUUUAAACCAUAAAAUAAAGCAGUAGUUCUCAACCCUGUUCCUGGAGGCCCCCAACACAACACAUUUUGAAUAUCUCCCUAAUCAAACACAUCUGAUUCCAUGCAUUCGCUCGUUAAGAGACUCCAAGACCUGAAUUGUGUGUGUCAGAAAAGGGAGAAUUAUUAACGAUUUUUAAGCUCCAAAAUUACAUAAAGACAGCAUUAAAGUAAUCCAUUCGACUCCAGUAGUUAAAUCUAUAACUUCAAUAGUGAUUGGGUGACAAAUAGAUAAUUAAUUAAAGUCCUAUUUUACUAUCAAUCUCCAUUCUUCUUUUUGGUGAUUCACGUUCUUUGGGCAUAUCGCCACCUACUGGGCAGGGAGAAACAUUUAUAGUAAAAAGGACUUAAAUACUGAUCGGAUUAUCACCCACGCCUAUCAGAUCGCUUUUGAAGACAUUAUUUAACCACUGGAGUCUUAGGGAUUACUUUUAGAUUACCUUUAUGUUCUUUUUAGAGCUUCAAAAUCUUUUAUUUGUGUUCAGCAGAAGAAAGUCAUACACAUCUGGGAUGGCAUGAGGAUGAAUAAAUGAUGAGAGAAUUUUCAUAUUUGAGUGAACUAUCCCUUUAAAUCAUUUGUACAAAAGGUCACAUUCUCUUGCUUCCAUUGAAGCACAAAAUAAGUUCUUAGGAAAAUUACCAAAACAUGCUGUAAUAACAUGGAUCAUCAGGUUUUGCACAAAUGUGUUGAGUCCAUGCCAGCUUGAGUGCAAGCUGUCAUUAAAGCAACAGGGGGAACAUACCAAAUGCAAUAAAAAUAAAAUCAUGUAACAUUUUUAAUUAAACGUUUCAUUCAAAUUGUUAUUUUGAUUAUAACUUUUCUAACGAGAGACAAAAAAAAACUUACAUUAAAAAAGAAUGCAAAAUAAAAGCAUUUUAACCAGUGGUCUCAAACUAUGGUGUCUGUCAGGUCUAAAAGUCUCAUUUUUGCAACUCAUUCUUGAUACCACACGGCCACAGUCACCAAUCAAACAAUAUGUUCAGCAAUAAUUUAACAAUUUUAUUUUUUUCAAAGAUAUCUUCUUUUUUUUCUGAGGCUACAGGGAGUGUAUUUAAAACAUCAGUGCAGUUGAUGGCUCAGCAAAAUAACUUCUUUUGAGUGAAGCGCAAAGCUGACAUAUAUGAAACAGAUUGUAGGAAUUCUCUAUUUUGCUGACAGGAAAAAGAAAGAGGAUAUGUACAACGGCUUUGGCUUCACUCUUACUCUGUUUAAUGAGAAAGAUGAUGGGUGUGUGUGUGUGUGUGUGUGUGUGUGUGUGUGUGUGGUAGAACGGGAGGAAGACUAACACAAAUAAGGCACCACAAUUUUCUCAGCACAAACAAUGCCAGGGCUAAAGAGGAGACGUUAUAUGAGAGAUGCAAAACUUCAGCCAGCACACAAUCACUUAACUGUUACCCACUGGCAGCAAAUCAAUGAUGAAGAGCUUAAAACACCAAAUCAUCAAGCCUUGAUGAAGAGAAAUUUUGAAAAUUCAAAUUUCAGCAUUUUUCAAGUCAAAACUGAAAAAAAUUAUAUUCAUCACCCCUAAAACUUUAAUCCUCUGUUGCUUUCAACACAUCCAAUACAACUGUUCAGGUUGUAGUCCCAAAACCCACAAGAGAAUUAGCAUUUUCAAGCAAUGGGUUCACUUGGGGUUUUCUAUUGGGUUUUUUAAUGGCAGUUUUGGAAUUUAUGAGUAAAAUGAGGUCUGUGGUAUUUGAAGUCAGAACUUUACAUACACCUUAGCCAAAUAAAUUUAAACUCAGUUAACAAUUCCUGACAUUUAAUCGUGAAAACAUUCCCUGUCUUAGGUCAGUUAGGAUCACUACUUUAUUUUAAGAAUGUGAAAUAUCAGAAUAAUUGUAGAGAGAAUUAUUUAUUUCAGCUUUUAUUUCUUUCAUCACAUUUCCAGUGGGUCAGAAGAUUGCAAACACGUUGUUAGUAUUUGGUAGCACUGCCUUUAUAUUGUUUAACUUGGAUCAAAUGUUUUGGGAUGCCUUCCACGAGCUUCUCACAAUAAGUUGCUGGAAUUUUGGCCCAUUCCUCCAGACAGAACUGAUGUAACUAAGUCAGGUUUGUAGGCCCCCUUGCUCGCACACACUUUUUCAGUUCUGUCCAUGAAUUUUCUAUCAGAUUGAGGUCAGAGCUUUGUGAUACCCACUCCAAUACCUUGACUUUGUUGUCCUCAAGCCAUUUUGCCACAAUUCUGGAGGUAUGCUUGGGUUAUUGUCCAUUUGGAAGACCCAUUUGCGAUCAAGCUUUAAAUUCCUGGCUGAUUUCUUGAGAUGAUGCUUCACUAUAUCCACAUAAAUGUCCUUUCUCAUGAUAUCAUCUAUUUUGUGAAGUGCACCAGUCCCUCCUGCAGCAAAGCACCCCCACAACAUGAUGCUGCCACCCUCAUACUUCACAGUUGGGAUGGUGAUCUUCGGCUUGCAGGCCUCAUCCUUUUUCCUCCAAACAUAACGAUGGUCAUUAUGGCCAAACAGUUACAUUUUUGUUUCAUUAGACCGGAGGACAUUUCUCCAAAAUGUAAGAUCUUUGUCCCCAUGUGCACUUGCAAAUCGUAGUCUGGCUUUUUUAUGGCAGUUUUGGAGCAAUGUCUUCUUCCUUGCGGAGCAGCCUUUCAGGUUAUGUCGAUAUGCACAUUUUUCUGUGGAUAUAGAUACUUGUCUACCUGUUUCCUCCAGCAUCUUCACAAGGUCCUUUGCUGUUGUUCUGGGAUUGAUUUGCACUUUUCACCCCAAACUACAGAAUGCAUCUCCUUCCUGAGCGGUAUGAUUGCUGCAUGGUCCCAUGGUGUUUAUACUUGCGUACUAAUGUUCGUACAAAUGAACGUGUUACUUGCAGGCAUUUGGAAAUUUCUCCCAAGGAUGAACCAGACUUGUAGAAGUUCUCACAAUUUUUUUUGAGGUCUUGGUGGAUUUCUUUUGAUUUUCCCAUUAUGUCAAGCAAAGAGGUACCGAGUUUGAAUGUAGGCCUUAAAAUACAUCGACAAGUUCACCACCAGUUCAAUACACCUCCUAUCAGAAGCUAAUUGUCUAAAGGCUUGACAUAAUUUUCUGGAAUUUUACAAGCUGCUUAAAGGCACAGUUAACUUGUAUGUAAACUUCUGAACACUGUAAUUGUGAUAUACUCAAAUAAAUGUGAAUCAAUCGGUCUGUAAACUAUUGUUGGAAAAAUUACUUGUGUCACGUAUAAAGUAGAUGUCCUAAACGACUUGCCAAAACUAUAGUUUGCUAAUAUUAAAUCUGUGGAGUGGUAAAUUUUUUUUUAAUACCUUCACCUAAGUGAAUGUAAACUUCAACUGGUUUGCCUACAAAAUGAUAUCAUGGGUGAACAGCUCUACUGCUUAUAAUGGAAAUAAUUAAACUAAAAAUAAAAAUUCUGUCUUUACUCACCCUCAUGUAGUUUCAAAACCCUGUGUCUUUCCUCUCUUUUUGAAAGGCUCUUUUUGUUGCAAGCAAUGUGAAUGGUAAUUUACACUGCCAAACUACAAAAAGUAAAACAACAAAAAAGCACCAUAAAUGCAGUCCAUAUAACAUAUGCGAUACAAGUCUUCUGAAGUCAUACGAUUGCUUUGUGUGAUGAACGCACCAAAAUGUAAGUGUAGUUCACUGAUAACCUUACCCUCUGUUAUAGGUCUCAUUUGCGGUCAAGUAUAUUCAAACUUCCUGCAAUGUGCAUGGUUACUUGAUGUAAUAUGGUGUCGGAAUGACGAGAGUGAGUAAAUGACAACUAAAUUUUCAUUUUUUAAGAGAACUAACUUUGACAAAUCAGUUUGAUUUAAGGUUUGAGAGAGCUUAUUUCCAACAAAACGUCUGAUUAGGUUGCAUGCCUACACAUAUAACGGAGCAUAUAAAGAAGAUUAUAAGGCUGGCCCUUUUCUAUAGUUUAAACCAUUAAGGUGCUCUACAAAGGAAAAGUUCACCCAAAAAUGAAAAUGUUGUCAUCAUUUACUCUGCCUAAUGUUAUUCCAAAACAGAAUUUUAAGGACUGACAGCCUCAGUCACUGUUAAAUUUCAUUGCAUAUUUUUUUCCAUACAAUGAAAGUGAAUGGUGAAUGUGGCUGUCAAUUAACAACAUUCCACCAAAUAUAUUCCUUUAUAUUCCACGGUAGACAGAAAGUCAUAUGGGUUUGAAACAACAUGAAGGUGAGUAAAUGACAGUAUUUUCAUUUUUUGGGGAAAUGUUCCUUUAAAAUUUUCUAAAGCAGACAUUAUUCAUUGAACAUCAAGCAGAACACAUUUACCUGAGCUCUUUUAUCAUAUUGAUGUUCAUCCCAGAUAUCAACAGAUUCAGUGUGCAGUGCCUACAAGCUUCAUACCAGAGCGAGCAAGUCAAAAACACAGCAUAAUACGAAAGCGAAGCCAGCAACUUCUCAAUCAUGAAGACAACUGUGUCUGGUUGUACUAAGCAACAACAAUUUCCAACUCGCCAGUUAGCGACGUAGCUAUAUGGCUGUCCUUUUAAACUCCCAAUGCCCUGCAUUGCAUUUGAUUUCAGAAAUCAUGGUAAGUCAUGUAUGAUUUUAAAAGAAUCAGAAAACUUUGACCGUACAGUGGUUAUAAUAAUACAGUACACCACAGUAUGGUUAAUCAAGAAGUUCAUACAUAAACCUCAAACACAAUCCCACGUAAUAAGAACCGCCACACAAUGUAUUCAGCCCUCGUUACAUACGACAUUCGUUAAGGCAACAUCAACAAAGAAUAUCAGUGUGUGGAUUGGAUAAAUCAUUCAAUGUGUAGUUUUACAAAAAUGUACCAUCAAGGGAUGCAAAAUAUGAACAUCAGAGUGCAAACCCCGCAGUCCAUAUAGCGUGUUACGAACACCUGAUUUGAAGUUGUUGUUUUUUUUAGGAAUCAUACAAAGGAGAGAAGUAUGUCUUGAUCUGUGAGAGA